AUGGCGAUAUCCUCGGGUGUCAGAUGCAUAGGUGAUCAGAUCUUUGAGACAAAGACUGUUGGUGUUGGAGAGGAUGUGACUUUAAAUUGUAACCGGCAGAAAUCUGAGUACACAGGAGCCUUGUUUUGGAUCAGACUUGUUUCUGGAAACUUUCCUGAAUUCUUGGCAGGAACACUUGCCAUUAAUUUUGAUGUUGUUAACAAGACUCCUCACUUUUCAGGAAAACAACAACCUGGAACAUUUAUUCUGCAUAUUAAUAAAGCAAAACCGAGUGAUACUGGAGUUUACUACUGCAUAAAGGUAGAAAGACAGACCGAAAUGACAUUUUUGAAUGGAACACUUCUGAGAAUCAAAGAAUCAGAACCUAAUAUUACUGCCAUCAUCCAAGACCAUCCAUCUGUUCCAGUCCAUCCAGGAGACUCAGUGACGCUUCAGUGUUCAGUCCUGUCGGACUCUGAGAAGAAAACAUGUCCCGGUGACCACGGUGUGUUCUGGUUCAGAGCCGGAUCAGACGAAUCUCAUCCCAGUUUAAUUUAUGCUCAUGGAAACCACGGUGAUGAAUGUGAGAAGAGUCCUGAGGCUUACUCUCCACAGAAAUGUGUUUACAACUUCUCUAAAAUCGUCAGCUCCUCUGAUGCUGGGACUUAUUACUGUGCUGUGGCCACAUGUGGGGAGAUAUUAUUUGGAGAUGGAACUAAACUGGACAUUGAAGGAACCAGCAUGUGGUCACAGAAGACCAAUACAAUUAUUUUCUCAGUUAUCUCGGCCAUAAGUCUGAUUGUUACAGCCUUCCUCAUUUACACCAUCAAGAGAAACAACGGUAAUAGAAACUACUCAUAG